AUGCCAGCUGCUAUUAAAUUUCGCAUUACGAAUGCACCAGACAAGUUGUUAGAAAUAUACUCCCUCUGUGGAACAGAAUGGGGAGGCAAGCUUAGCCCAAGGCAAUUUGGUGAAACGCUUACCCAGAACCAUUUGAAAGACAUUGAGAACGGUAAAAAGCCCAUUGCAUUUUAUUUUGAAGAUGUAGAAACAGGGAAAGUGAUUAUGUGUGCGGUUGUUAAACAGAUGAAGGGAUUCUAUAAGGAUGCUGACCGGUCGCUGGCCAUUUCGUCAAUCCCCGAUCCAGCAACAUUCGGGGUUCGCAAUGUUACAGUGUUGUUGUUGUGCUAUGUGUUCUGUCAUAAGGACUAUAGAGGAAGAGGGUUGGCAAAAGAUCUCAUUGAGAAAGUCAUUGAGUAUACGGAAGAUAAAUUAGUAGAUGAACACAUUGCGCUGAGCAAGGAGGAAAAGAAGGAUAGUUUUAAGAGUAUGGUAAUGACUGAUGGAAAAAUUGACAAGAACUUGGCCAAUUAUUAUUUGGGCAAACAAUAUUUCUGGGUUUUGUACUCUGGAGUGCAGGAUUAUUACAAAAUAUUUGGGUUCAAGUCGUAUCCGUUAGACUUUUACAAAGUUCCUACUUCGAUUAUCACCGAUGAGCAAGAAAGGAUUGUUAGAAGUCUUAUUAAUAAAGAGGGAACGAAUGAUCCUAGCCAUGUCGGAAAACAUUUGAGAUUUUUACACUCUUCAAAAAAGCAAGACCAAGACAUAAUCCAAUUCAUCUUACAGGAUAAGGAAUUAGAAAUAUUGACUGAUUUGAACAAACUGAUAUUUCACUCGGAAUUAGCCGGAAGUCACAAAUCAUCAUCAUCAUUGACUAAUUUAUCGAGCAUGUUGCAAAUGUCUAAGCUUGGCUCCAAUAUUGCGUUGACGGCUAUAAAUGAAGGUGACAAUCAAGGCUCACUCGGUCGCAGAAAAUCAUCUAUUCAAGAGGUAUCUGUUCCAAAGUUUUCUUUCAAACCUGAUUACAAUAGUUUCCUUAAUUUGGUCUCUCUUGAACAAGCUUCUGCUAAGUCUUUAAAUGAUGAGAAUGCUCUUGAAUAUACCGAUAUUCAGGGCGCAAUUCUCACGAAUGAAUUACAAGAAAAAUCUUACUAUAUACUUUGGUGCUCCUUUAAACAACAAAUGUUGUGUAUAUUAGCAAUUGGUGAGUUGAAGUUUGAUAUGUUCGGUAGCAUGGCAGAUCCAACUGGCAUGGGUGGCAGACGCAGUCGUCGUGGUUCAUCAUUUACCGGACUUAAUGACUUGGGUGGCUUUAACUUCCAAGAUUUGGAUCUUCUCAUUAGUACAGCUUGUUUGGUGGCUAAGAAUAGACCUAUUCCUAAGGACAAUUCAGUCUUCGUUUCAGUAAAUGACUUACCUACAAAUAUUCCAAUCCCUGUCUUAUAUGAUUACUUUAUGAACUACUUGCCAAAGAAUUUUGAAAUGGUACAUUCACCGGCUGACGAAACUACUCCAGCCGAAACUAGCGUUGAAAUUGUGACAGAUGCUGAUGUAAAGCUAGGCGUUUUACCAAUGUUAAGAAGAUUUGGCAAAACCUCGCCAGAAUUUAAUUUAGACUGGACUUCAGAUGGUCUUUGGUCCUGGGGUUAA